UCGAAACACGCCAAACUGGUUGAAUGAAAGGGAUGGCAUUGGAAAACCGCACUCAAUGCGUGUCGACAGAACACAACGUCUUCUCACAUGAAAACAGAUUCCCACAACUAACAAACCCAGCCAUCACUCACUCAACGCACGCCUCCCCCUCGGAACAAGCAAACAAGCAACAAGUCCCACCACACAUUCCCAUCCCCCAAAUCCAUAGGGCUGAGAAAUCCCUUCGCCCGUAUCCUAAGCACCUCCAGACGCGCCAUCCACCCCCCUCCCGCGACCUACCAUCAGCCCCGAUCCCAAGUCUCACCCACCCCGUCCCACCGUCAUCCAUGUAGUACACCCGUUUCCCGCACCUCCACCUACUGGAUCCGGCAACUCCGCGCCAAAAGCGUCGAUUGCGGCCUCGGAAGAUCUGUCUUUGUGGCGCUAGAGUGCGAGCCUUGUACCUGGGUUAGUUUGGUCGUUCUUUGCACGGCGUGUCAGUUGUGUCGAGUCGACUUCACGCACUUGAGUAUUGUGCUGUGGUAUGGAUUUGGAUGUUGGACUUAAACUAUAACUUGCCUUUUUUUUUUAAGGGCUCUAGUGUCUGAGUUGUUCACGUCAUUGAGUAGGCAGGUAUUAGGUAUCUUCAGCGGUUGUUGCUGCGCCUCGAGGCUGGGUGGGAAAGCAUGUGAUAGCAGGCUUUGCCGAGGACCGUGACGUUUACCCAGAACACCAUAUGCGCUGCGAUGGUUCUAGGUAUCAUAUACAAACAAAU